AUGGCCCACCAAGCACAUUCUUAUCAUAUAGUAGACCCCAGCCCAUGACCUAUCCUAGGAGCAGCCGCUGCUCUCCUUACCGCCUCAGGACUCACAAUGUGAUUCCACUCCAACUCACCACGACUCCUAAUCAUUGGCCUAAUCUCUACCAUUCUAGUCAUAUUCCAAUGAUGACGAGACAUCGUACGAGAAAGCACAUUCCAAGGACACCACACCCCAACUGUCCAAAAAGGCCUACGAUACGGAAUAGCCCUGUUCAUCACAUCAGAAGCCUUCUUCUUCCUAGGAUUCUUCUGAGCAUUCUUCCACUCAAGCUUAGCCCCAACCCCAGAACUAGGAGGACAAUGACCCCCCGUCGGAAUCAAACCUCUAAACCCCAUAGACGUACCUCUCCUAAACACCGCCAUCCUCCUGGCCUCAGGAGUCACCGUCACAUGAGCCCACCACAGCAUCACAGAAGCCAGCCGUAAGCAAGCAAUCCACGCACUACUCCUAACUGUCCUCCUGGGAUUCUACUUCACCGCCCUACAAGCUAUAGAAUACUACGAGGCUCCAUUCUCUAUCGCUGAUGGAGUUUACGGAUCAACAUUCUUUGUCGCUACCGGAUUCCACGGACUCCACGUAAUCAUCGGCUCAACAUUCCUCCUAGUGUGCCUUCUACGCCUAAUCAAAUAUCACUUCACACCAAACCACCACUUUGGAUUUGAAGCAGCGGCAUGAUACUGACACUUCGUAGACGUUGUAUGACUAUUCCUCUACAUCUCUAUCUACUGAUGAGGAUCCUA